AUGGUGGCAAAGAGUAAUCGUGAGAUUCUUACCGGUGGUAAAUCUUACAAGCAGAAAGCUGCUAAGAAAUUCGGUGCUGAUGAGGUAAAGUUCGAUAAGGACUCACGGUUGGAAUACUUAACUGGGUUCCAUAAGAGAAAGCUUGAUAGACAAAAGAAAGCCAAGGAGUUCAUCCAAGAGCAAGAGAGAAAAGCUAGGCUCGAGGAAAGGGCCAAGAUCAGAGCAGAUAAAAAAAAGGCUCUUGAGAAACAGCUUGAAGAUUUUAAACAGGCGAUGAAAGAUGUCGGUGAUUAUGUCGGUGUAGAGGACGACGACGAAGAAGCCGAAAAUGGGAAACAGGGAAGCGAUGAAGAGGCUGAAGAAUGGACGGGAUUUUCCGAUGAUAACGGAGAUGCAACUGAAGAAGAAGAAGAGGAUUCUGACUCUGUUAGUGUGAAACCGAUCUUAAAGAAAUAUGUACAGACUUACUUAGAUGAUACUACGGUAGACAUCGAACCCUUAGAGCCCAAUGACAAUUUUGAGUACCUUGCGGAAUUAAAUAAUGUGAAGUUAGAGAAAUCGGAACAAAUUUUAGAUCAAAGCAUCGAACGUGCGAAGAAAUAUGCAAAGUUUUUGGGAGUUGAAGAAAAAUCUGGUAAUAAGAGUAAAAAGAAUAAGAAGUUCAGAUACUUGACCAAGAACGAGAGAAGACAAAAUCAAAGAAAGGCCAACAAUAAUAAACGUAGGAAGUAA